AUGAUGUACCGAGUUGCCCUGCUCCUGGCUGCUGCCACGGCCUCAGCCUCGCCUCUGGUCCCCCGCGAGGCGCCCACCACCGUCCUCCCCACCGGUCCUGAGGCCACCAGCGAGUCCAAGAGCGUCUACAACUGGGCCGAGGGCUGGGAGACAAAGUACCCCAUCCACGAGUCCUGCAACGCCACCAAGCAUGCCGCUCUCGAGUUUGCCCUCGACGAGACUGUGCAGCUGGCCCAGCAUGCCCGCGAGCACCUGCUCCGCUUCGGCGACAAGAGCGACCUCGUCAAGAAGUACUUUGGCAACUCGUCGACCGCUAUCCCCAUUGGCUGGUUCGAUCGUGUCGUGGCCGCUGACAAGUCCGCCAUGACCUUCCGCUGCGACGACCCUGAUGAGAACUGCGCCACCCAGGAUGGAUGGGCAGGUCACUGGCGCGGCGACAACGCCACACAGGAGACUGUCAUCUGCGACCUCUCCUUCUCGGUUCGCAAGAACCUCUUUGACGUCUGCGCCCACGGCUUCACCGUCGCCAACUCGGCCCUCAACACCUACUGGGCCGUCGACCUGCUGCACCGUGUCCUGCACGUGCCCGCCAUCUCCGAGGACCUGGUCCACCACUACGCCGAGGACUACAAUGACGCCCUGCGCAUGGCCAAGGAGGAGCCCGAGCUGACCGGCUACGACUCGGAUAUCUUGCAGAUGUUUGCCAUUGAUGCCUGGGCCUACGACAUUGCCGUCCCCGGCGUCGGCUGCACCGGCACCCAGGAGGAGACCGAGGAGGAGGAAGAGGAGACCAGCACCGCCACUACCACCAGUGCCUCGGCCACCGCGACCGCGGACGAGGCCGACGAUGGUGACGCUGGUGAGAUGCGACAUCUUCGCCUCGCGCAACCUUUGCAGCGCGCUUCCCGAAGCAUGACUGUGAACACCAUCUCACCAACCUCCAGGGUAGCCGUCUCCCACAGCGCAUCACCAGCGUCACACAUCCAGGCGGCCUCAUUUCACACCGACCAUGCGCAACAAAAACACGAGCGUCGCGAUGAGCAUAAGCCCAAUGUGCAAGCACAGGAGGGUGAAGAUCACUACGUGUUGACGCUGUGGACGGACAAGACUCAUCACCAGACCAUGACGGCACUGCGAAGGCAGUGGUUCCCAGAGAAACUGCUCAAAGUCAACGCGCACAUUACCUUAUUCCACGCUCUGCCCGGCGCAAAACUACAACAAGUGAAAGAUGACGUUGCUAUCCUAGCAGGGCAUGCUUCACCCUUUGACGUAGUCGCGUCAGGAAUGGGGGCGUAUCCCAUGGGAAAAGGGGUGGGCGUCAACAUCUCCAAGCCAGCGCAAGCCAAGGCGAACCACCUACGCGCGGAACUGAGGGAGAAAUGGUCGCCUUUUCUGAGUGAGCAGGACAGACGAGAGAAGUGGAAGGGCCACUAUACAAUCCUGAAUAAGGAGGACGACAAGGAGCGGGUGGGACGGUGUAUGGAUGAGGUGAGGCGUGACUUUGCGGAAAGUCGGGGCGUGGUCGAGGGGUUGAUCCUGUGGAGAUAUGAUCGUGGCUGGUGGCGGCAAGUCAAAAGCUUCCCGUUUCGGAAUGGCCAGUCAUAG